CUAAGCAGCGCUGAGACCACCACCAGUGCAAGUGUAGUGGAGUGCCAACCAGCCAACCAGCCAACCAGCCAACCAGCCAACCCAAACCUCAUCACUCACUACUACUCGCUCCUUCCAGCCAGCACCGCACCAGCACCAGCACCCGCACCCCGACUGCACCAGCCAUCGGCACCUACCUACCUACCUGCCUACCACUGCCCGCACUACACCUGCUGCUGCAUUGGAUUUGCAUUCUCAACAACACCAUCAAUUUCGACAACCAUCACUUGCACCCGACACUCGCCUCGACCUAUCUUCCUUCCUGGACAUCCUUCACCCCAUUGUCAUUGUCGCAAUUAGUUCGCAGGCACCGACAAAUCCACUCACCACCAACACCAUCACCACCACCCGAGCUGCUGUGCUCUCCAGUACCACCAUCCAACGACAUCCUACCCUACCAACCUCGGCCGUGUUCCACCUUUUUCAUACUGCGUCCAUUUGGGAAGCCAAAUCUCGGGUUGGAGAUUGCGCAUACAGUUCUGUCGCCCUGAAGAAAAUCAAUCUCAUCAAGGGGUAUCCCGCGUCGUAUCUCUUUGUCGCAGACGAGAACGAAGCUCUAUUUCCGCGUUGGUCCUGCAAUUCUGCCAUUGCAUGGCCGCAACACAUCCUCAAGAAGCCGACGGGUAUCGAUUGUAGAUUAAUUGCGCCAACACUGCCCUCCUUGCCAUCGCGACCCGAUCCAACGUUGGUCUUGAAAGCGUCUCCGCAAUUCUAUCCAGCCAAACAUCGUUAUAAUACCCGAGUCGAGGUCGAGGCUGCGUUUGCAGCUAGUGAGCUAGGAAAAUGGGAGCCUGCGUCAGUACCAAUGCGGAAGACUCCGAGGGGAAGAAGCGAAGUCAGAUGAUAGACAAGAGCCUGGAGGAGGACUCGAGAAAGCUGCGGCGAGAAUGCAAGAUUCUGCUUCUGGGUACGUUCUAAACAUAGAUAGAAGACGCGAUGGAAGGCUAAUAAGGUGAUUAGGCUCCGGUGAGAGUGGGAAAUCAACCAUUGUUAAACAGAUGAAGAUCAUCCACCAAAGUGGAUAUUCGGUGGAGGAAUUAUCCAUGUACAGGAUGACAAUAUACAAGAAUUUAGUGGAUUGCGCCAAAGCAUUGAUCGGGGCGAUGGAACAAUUUGACAUUAUGCCCGUCAUACCAAUCAACCGCGGAUACAGCGAUUUUUUGGUUCAUUACCAGGUCGUCACGGAACCACCAACAUUGAAUCCCGAAGUCGGUACGGCGAUUCAGUCCCUAUGGAAGGACCCGAGCAUGGGAGCUUUGAUGGAAAGACAGAGCGAGUUUUAUCUGAUGGACUCGGCACCAUAGUAUGUCUCGCCAGAGUGCUCUUGUAUACAAGUUGAUACUAACCAGAAAUAGCUUCUUCGAAGAAGCACACAGAAUAACCUCGCCGGACUAUAUCCCAAUUGAAGCCGACGUUUUGAGAGCACGUACGAAAACCACGGGUAUCUACGAGACAAGGUUCACAAUGGGAUCACUAAGCAUACAGUGAGUACCACAGGGUCGGAAACAUACUUCAGGAUCUAACGGAGAUUUUAGCAUGUUUGAUGUCGGAGGCCAACGAAGUGAGAGAAAGAAGUGGAUCCAUUGCUUUGAAAAUGUUACAUCCAUCAUUUUCUGUGUAGCAUUGAGCGAAUACGACCAGGUGUUACUCGAAGAGAGUAACCAAGUAAGUCUUGGACCAAGAGGCUAAGAAACAUAUAUACUGACUUGUGACAAGAACCGAAUGAUGGAGAGUUUGGUACUAUUCGAUUCCGUCGUCAACUCCAGAUGGUUUAUGCGAACGAGCAUUAUCCUUUUCCUCAACAAAGUCGAUUUGUUUCGACAGAAGCUUGGUCGGUCGCCUUUAAGCAAUUACUUUCCAGACUAUUCCGGUGGCAAUGAUAUCAAUCGAGCUUCGAAAUACCUUCUGUGGCGGUUUAAUCAAGUGAAUCGAGCACAUCUUAAUCUGUACCCUCAGUAAGUAGAUUCUAUCCAAUCUUGAUUUGCUUGUUUGCUUAUUUAAUUAGUCUCACACAAGCCACGGACACAUCCAACAUCCGGCUGGUAUUUGCAGCAGUAAAAGAAACAAUUCUACAAAACGCGCUCAAGGAUUCUGGAAUCCUCUAAGCCUAAUGCGCCAAUCUUAUAUAAUUUACGACUUUCACAGCUAUUUGGGGAUUUAGGAUAUACAUUCUCCGGCCUUCAUUGGGAAACGGGCGUUUAUGGAGCUUGUACCUAGCAAAUGGGCGUUCUCGUUGUUGGGUCUUGUGGGGGAAGGCUGUGUGAUCAGACUUGGGAUGGCUGGCGGGUUUACUCACUUGGGUUUAUGUGGAAUGAUUUACUUGAGACCUGAUUUUUUGUGGGAAACAGGAUCGGGGCAUCACGUUUUUCGAAACGGAAUCUUCGAAGACUGAUUGCUGUUGCAACGGCUCUAGCAUGCAUCAUCAAUCUGAUAUGAUUUGCUCCGGCUGAGCCAGGUUCUCAAUGGUUGUACACCAACGCUUUCGCCUUGGACUUCUUGUUCGUACUUGAAACGAUGCCUAUGAUAUGGGUCUGGGUCGGGGAUGGGACAACGAAGGAUUGGGAAUGGAAGACUGAGGGGAAUGUACGGUGGAAACCACGUCAAACCAGACGAUGGACGAGCCGCGAUACCGAAGACCCGGAGGAAUUAUCAAUAAACCCAACAGGAAAGGAAUGGAAGAGGGAAGGAAGAAAGGGGAAGACAUGUUAAAGUGCGCAGAUUUUGAUUUUUUUUUGGAUAAAAAGGGAAUGGGAAUGGAAUUUGGGAAUCGGUCUGGUGCUGUCCUGUUUUGCCAUAUCACACACCUCGGCAAGAGGAUGCGAGCUUAUCAUAUUUUUUA